AUGACUAUUCCAGAGGAGGUUGAUAUUAUUAUUUGCGGUGGCGGUAGUUCGGGAUGUGUCCCUGCGGGCCGCCUCGCAAAUCUCGAUCACAAUCUGUCUGUCCUGUUGAUCGAGGCGGGUGAAGAUAACUUGAAUAAUCCAUGGGUGUACCGCCCGGGUAUCUACCCGAACAAUAUGAAGCUCGAUUCGAAGACCGCAUCGUUCUAUCACUCUAGACCAUCCGAACAUUUGGAUGGCCGUCAGGCUAUUGUCCCCUGUGCGAAUAUUCUGGGAGGUGGUAGCUCCAUCAACUUUAUGAUGUACACCAGAGCUUCUGCUUCCGAUUACGACGACUUUCAGGCAAAGGGUUGGACAACUAAAGAGCUUCUUCCCUUGAUGAGGAAGCACGAGACUUACCAACGUGCGAGUAACAACCCCGAGUUGCAUGGUACCGAUGGUCCUAUCAAGGUUUCAUUUGGUAACUAUACGUAUCCAAUCAAGAAUGACUUUCUCAGAGCCGUGGAGUCGCAGGGUAUUCCAUUCACAGAUGACUUGCAAGAUUUGAAGACUGGCCACGGUGCAGAACACUGGUUGAAAUGGAUCAACCGUGACACAGGCCGUAGAAGCGAUGCGGCCCAUGCCUAUGUUCACAGUACUAGAGCUAAAUAUACUAAUCUUCACCUUCAAUGCAAUACUAAGGUGGAAAAAGUGAUUGUUGAGAAUGGCCGUGCUGUGGGUGUUGUGACAGUUCCCACCAAGCCUCUCAAUGGUGGAGAGCCAGUUCGCAGAAUUUUCAGGGCGCGCAAGCAAAUCAUUAUUAGUGCCGGUACUAUGAGCUCCCCACUUAUCCUACAGCGGUCUGGGUUUGGUGACCCUGAGAAGUUGCGUCGCGCUGGUGUCAAACCUCUGGUCAACCUACCCGGUGUGGGCCGAAACUUCCAAGACCACUACCUCACUUUCUCCGUGUAUCGUGCCAAGCCCGAUGUCGAGUCCUUUGAUGACUUUAUUCGUGGAGAUCCUAAAGUCCAGAAGAAGGUCUUCGAAGAAUGGGACAAGAAAGGCACCGGGCCACUGGCCACUAACGGAAUUGAUGCCGGUGUCAAGAUCCGUCCCACUGAGGACGAGCUCGGAGAGAUGAAGAAGUGGCCCACCCCAGACUUCACAGAAGGAUAUGAGUCGUACUUCAGGAACAAGCCCGAUAAGCCUGUUAUGCAUUAUUCGAUCAUAUCUGGCUGGUUUGGAGACCACAUGCACAUGCCUCCGGGCAAGUUCUUCACCAUGUUCCAUUUCCUGGAAUACCCCUUCUCCCGUGGAUUUACCCAUAUCCAGUCAGCUGAUCCUUAUGAGGUCCCGGACUUUGACGCGGGUUUCAUGAAUGACAAACGGGAUAUGGCCCCUAUGGUCUGGGGAUACAUCAAAUCCCGGGAGACCGCCCGACGCAUGGCAUCGUAUGCUGGCGAGGUGACUGCAAUGCAUCCUCAAUUUGCUUUCGACUCAUCAGCCCGGGCGCAAGACAUGGAUUUGGCCACUACUAAAGCGUAUGCUGGCACAAAUCAUAUUUCUGCGGGCAUUCAACACGGUAUGCUAGCACUAACCCCUGUGAAAGUCUCCAUACAAACUAAUCGGGUAAAUGCAGGUUCCUGGACCACGCCAUUGCAGCCUGGAAAGCAGCCAUCAUCGAACAUUCUCAACUCUAACAGACACGAAGCGCGUGCUCCUUUGGAAUACAGCGAUGAGGAUAUCAAGCACGUCGAGAAAUGGAUUUCACGUCACGUCGAGACAACCUGGCACUGCCUGGGCACGUGCAGCAUGGCUCCACGAGAGGGUAACUCCAUUGCGCCCCAUGGAGGCGUUGUUGACGAGCGCCUCAACGUCCAUGGUGUCAAAGGCCUCAAGGUUUGCGACUUGUCCAUCUGCCCUGACAAUGUUGGGUGCAAUACUUUUAGCACUGCCCUUCUCAUUGGCGAAAAGUGCGCAGUCUUGGUUGCGGAGGAUCUUGGAUACUCCGGGUCUGAUCUGGAUAUGAAAGUGCCAACUUACAAUGCGCCAGCAGAAUUUGCUAAUCUUUCUCGUCUUUGA